CUCGGGACCGCAGGCCGCGUGGAGUAGCGGAAGAAGCCGAUUGCCCGUUGCUUUCAGAUGCACAAGACCAUCUCCCUGUGAAACUCAUAGCGGGCGGCAGCUGCUAAGCCGGGACCUGGCUUAGCUGAGAUCCCUGCCCUUUUGAUUCUGCACCGAAUGGUUUCUUGACCAAAAGCUGGGCUGAGCUUCCGGGCAACCUGCGCUCCUCAGAAGUCCUCCUCCUUAAGGAAUUCUGACCAUUUAAAAAAGGGGGGAAAGGGGGAUUUUAAAAACCACAGCAAGGAGUGAGGAUGGAAAAGGAGAACAAGGCAUCCACCCAGUAUGGAUCCCUGGAGUCAACCAAGUGGACUGCAGCAGAUUCAGGGAAAGGGGAAGAAAUAGUUUCCAUGGCUGACUCCACAGCUACCAUUGAUGACAUUGAAGGAGAGCUUUUCAAAAUUGAGAGAAUCAGGGAAGUUCUUGUGCGGAGAGAGUCAGAGCUCCGGUACAUGAUGGAUGAUAUCCAGCUUUGUAAGGAAAUCAGCAGGAUGAAAAAGGAGUUACAGAAGUUGAUUACACUGCCAGAAAAUAAAAAAUCAAAAGAAGACAAACAGAAGGAGGAAGAGUUAGUGCAACAAAUUCAUAAACUUGUGGAGACUCGGGAUUUCCUUGUGGAUGAUGUAGAGUUUGAAAGGCUCAGAGAACGAGAAGAAGAUAAGGAAAUGGCUGAAUUUUUAAAGAACAAGCUUUCCAAAACCUGCCUUCUGAAAACAACUCCUGUAAAAGAAAAGAAGAUGACAUCAAGAGGACAACAAACCUCCCCGCCAUAUGUAACAAAGACAGGCCUCAUCUUCCUGAAGGAAUGCUGUGGCUUCACAUGCUCAGUCAUGUAGGCUGGAGCUGAGGGCCAUGUCCUCCACCCCAAAUACAAGAUCCAUUCAUGGGUAAGCCCUGCCUACUUCCUGGUCAACCGGAUCCAUUCAAAUCAUAGCAGAUUCACAAGCCUAUGGAGCAAAGAUGAGUGAUUCCACUGUGGACAAUAUGGUGACAGAAAGCACACAGGGAAACCACCAGGACCCUAAAGGUCUACACAGCCCAGAGCAUGGUGGAGAUCAGAAGCAGACAGCACAAGGAUGCUCGUGAAAGAGAGCCAAACCAGGGAGAGAGAGCCAGCUAUUUAAUACCACGCUUUCACCCUUAAUGUAUUGUAACAGGGACAACAACACUCCCCAACCCACACAAUCCCAAGUCAGGAUGUAGUUUUCAUGUUGGCUACAGAUUUAUAAGCCUGAGAAGCUUUAGCGACAUAAGUACAGACAUGUACUGACACAGAUCCACAUGUACACUCAUGCACAUACAUACACAGUAGAAGGACUGAGCGCUUCGUUCCAUCUCCUGAGAUUCUGAAAACAGGAAGAAUCAGCAGAAUGAUUCCCAAUAUCCUGGAUUGCUGCUCUUCAUCAUGUUGCAUCCCUACUGCCCUGCUCCAAUGAAGCUUCCUAGCAACUGUGGGACCCAGAGCUGUCUGUAUCAUCUCCACAAAGGUCACUUCCAUGUGCAGAAUCACAGCAGUGCAUCAGCAUUACUCUUAGAUUACUACAUGCAGCAAUCCUAUUAACAGAGGUUGAUCCUUCAAUCCUAUCCUGCUUAGGGCAAAGACAAAUGACUAAUUAAGAACGGCUUCAGAACUCAUGGUUUUCCUACAUAAGUGAAAACUGUUGUAAGAUACCAGUGUGAAUGCCAUUGUGUUUGUUUUCUGCGCACCAGUCAGGAUUAGAUAUUUUGUGACAUGGCAAAACAAAUUUUGCCUGAUGUUUAUACAUGAUGGGGUAUGCAUGUAAGAAAAAGGAUAGGUGCUAACUAUAAGGAAAGUGAUCCUAUUAAGCUAUGAGACAAAGGAUAUGUAUUAAGUAACCCAGCAGUCCCAGCAAUGUUUGAUUGCCUGUCCUGACACAUCCCUAGCAGCUCAUCCACUGCCUUCUUUAAAAACCCUAGGGAACAUUUCUACAGCAUCACCUGAGCUAUUUCCCAAUAUUUUUUAAACAAAGAAGCUCUCUGUAAUAUACAUGUUAGAUCAUUUUUUCUACAGCCCACAUUCACAGCUGUUUCUUUGCUCAAGUAAGCUGCUAUUCUUCCUCUAUGAUAUGCUUUUACAUAGUUGAACACUUUUCUUGUGCCCCUCAAUCUACAGGUCUUUCUCCUGAGGUGCCUCAGACUGUUCCCAGGUGGCUACUGUAGAUGUUGAUGUCUUCAUAGUCUUCAUAGCUUAACUACUAUAUCAUGUCAGGAACUGAGUGCCUCAGGAAACCUGGAGGUGGGAGGACAGAAACAUCUUCUCCACUUCCUUUUCCCACAGUCACCCAAGGCUCAGUCUCUUUGGCAGAAGUGUCAAACAGAAAAUAAUUCUUUCCAAGCAAGAUUUAUUGAGAUAGAGAUGGUAUUACGAUAAUUUCAGUGACAGUAUUUCCCAUUUAGAACCAAUUUAUCCCCUAAUACAUUGCAGCAUAACUUUUCUUAAUUUCUUUCUAACAUCCUUCCACAGAUCCAACAAAGAAGUGGGUCUGUUAGCUGACACUGGAGCAACUUGCUACUGGCUAUUUAAAUAAUAGUCUCCUGAAUUUUUAUUAGUCUGGAAGCUCACCAUUAGGCAAGGCAGACUUGAGACCUUUAACCUUCCUCUACUGCUCAUUCCAUAAAAGUGUUGAAGGAAUAUAUAUCCAAAAUGGUCAGGAGAGGCAAGGCCAAAGCUUGUUUCUCUUGGUAGUCUAUGAUACUGAAUGUCAUUUGAUCCUGCCUGAGGAGGGGCCAGACCAUCAGUUGAAGCUGAGAAAGUCUGUCCCAUUUUCAAAUUGAAAUGAAGAUCUUCAUUUGAACUACCGUCUUUAGCCACAUAUAUACAGGGGCCUCUGUCUUAGCUGACUCUAUUUGAAUUUCUUAUUUGCCAAUCUCACAGAGUGUUCCUGAGAACUACAGUUGUCACAAACCUGGUGAUGACUCCUGACCCAGUCAGGAUGACUGUAGAUUACACAUCCUGACUGGGACAUACAGUAAGUGGGCUUCACACUGCUUUUCACAGAAGGACUAAAGAAACAUUGACAUGGAUGGAAUAUGUUGCUAGCCUUCUAGAAAGUGGAGUCAAGCUCAGAGAACUAGCACAGAUCAAGGGUUCAGGUAAAAACAAAAACAAAAAAACCCAGUGGCUUCACAUUCCUGUUAUGAAGUGAAAUGAAAAUCACAGCUGCAAGACAUGAACAACGGAGUGGGCAACUAGAUAAACUGGGAGUGAUCAGAAUGAGAUUUUGGGGCAGAGGAAGAAAAUAUUCUAAAUGCCAAGGGAAUGCAACAUGCUACCCUCCAGACAGAUGGGUAACAAUCAUGUAUACUUUCUUAUAUUGCGGGUGCUUUCUAAACAGACCUACAAAGAAAUCAGUCUCAUGUCAGUUCCAUAUGCUUGCCUGACUCAUAUACACACAGUUUACUAUGUAAAGAUGUGCCCCAAAGAGUUGACUUCGUUCCUGAUAUCUGAGGAUUUUGUAUGAAACCCUCCACUAAAUCCUCUGAAACAUAAAACCUUCCUUCCCAUCUCAUAACUGAAAAAAAAAGUGUUGAGUUUCUCUGAUCCCUUCAAAUUUCACUUUUAAAAUGGUGGUCAAAACCAAGUCUCUGUCUUUCUGUCAGACAUGCAUUUUGCUUCUUAAAGCAUUGUCUAUCUUUUCUGCACAGACAUAUAGCAUUGAGUUACCUAUUCAGGAUGGAUGUGGAAGAGGGAGAAAGUGCUACUGACUUAUCUAUGGCCUAGAAAGGUCCAGACAUUCCCCAUAGAAGUCUUAUCUAUACGCUGGACAAACUGAAUCUCUAGCAUUGAGGGAAUCUCACACUAAGUGCAAUGAAAUUUGGAAAAUAUGCUGAAACAAAACUCUAAAACUUUAUUGUGGGACCACACAUUUACAAGGGGUAUAGUCCCUUACCCCUCCCCACUGAUGUCUGUAUAAUUUAAAUCUACCUGAGACUGCCUCUAACAUUUGUGUAUCCAUGCAUAUUGCUGAUGUCAAAUUGGUUGGAGUUGUCCAAAUUUGGUUUCAGUAUUUCAUUUCAUAAAAUUCAACCAACUUAAAUGUACCAUCUUUAGUGUCUAUAUAAAUAUUGCUGAUUCUCCAAAUUGAUGCAUAGAAUGACAUGAGGGAAGGAAUUCAUUGGCAGUCUAUGUGUUCAGGAAUCUCUUGAGUGAGGAGCUUCCUCGUAUCCGUUAAUUUGGAAAGAUGAAGUGUACUGGAAAGAAUUAGGAACGGUUUUCCAAAAUAGAAUUAACAGUACAACACCUAUCCCCCACCACCUCUGAGAAACAGGCUGAAAGGCAAUAUUUGGUACUGUCAAAGUCCUUCACAAUGAUCCUUUUCUUUGUGGAAUCUUACCAGUAGCUUGCAGGGCACUAGUACACCAAGAUGACUCACAUCCAUUUCUCCAUCCUAUCUCCAUCAAUAACCUUCUUGGUCUUAUUGAUAUGCAUGAGCUGAAUUCUUUACAGCACUGUGAUGGAGACACAAUUCAGUGAGCUUAUUAAAACCUAUGAGUUUCUCCUUCCUCAUCUAUAAAAUGUCUACAACUGUUAAUCCCUCUGUGAAACCUGUCUAAACAAAAAAGUAAAGUCUCCCUCAAAGCAAGCUUGAUUCCUCGCAGCUGCUCCUAUCUACAGUUACUGUUUGUACAGUAUAAUUUGUUUUUUCUGUGGCUCUGUCCCAUAUUAUUGCUGUAAAACAUUUAAAAGACCAGCAUUGUGUGGGCAGGAUGACUGUCCCUUGAUGUCCUCCCCAUGAAUGUUGCCCAUCUGAGAAUGGAAAUUAUAACUGGGGCAAGAAAAAUCCAUAGAAAUGAAUGCUAUAAAAGUGACAUGAAGUGAAACAAUAAAACAGUGAUUCCCAUCCUGCUGACAUUAUAUAUAAAGGGUCCUCUAAUAAACCUUAU